AUGGGGACGCAAUCCCGCGACGACGCCCCGCACGCGUUUUUGCUCCGCAGCGGCGAUGUCGUGAUGUUCGCGGGGCCGGCGCGCUUGGCCUACCACGCCGUCCCCCGCAUCUUCGACGACUGCCCCGAUUAUCUGACGGUGCCCGAGGCCGAGCUGACGGACGAGGAGCGCCGCCGCUACGCGCACCACGUCUACUACCACCACCCCAUGCCGGACGGCAGCUUCGUCAAAGUCGACAAGGACGCCAUGACGGAGGACGAGCGGGAGCGCUAUUGGAGGCUGUGCAUGCGGCAUAUGCGGAUUAAUAUCAACGUACGGCAGGUCUAUCCGGAGAACUGCGACUUUAUAUACGAUUCAGAUUAA